AUGUCGAGACUCUAUGAACAAGCAGUUCCUCCCGAGCAAGAAGGGCGAACACUACCGCCCAUUAACCGGCGAAGAGACAAACCUCAAUUGUCUUGCUCACUGUGCAAAAGGCGCAAGUUGAAAUGCGACCGGGGAGUGCCAUGCAGUACAUGUACCCGCCGUGGUCUGUCUCUGUCCUGCACAUAUCCAUCCUCCACGCCAUUACAGAGCGGUAAAACAGUCGUUUACCCAUCGACAACCUCGAUGCACGAUAGAGUCGCGCAGCUGGAGAAGUUGGUCAUGUCGUUGAAACCCCAGACGGAUGGGAAAUACAUACGCGGUGCGCGCAAGUCUCCGUCACAUAAACAUGCACACGAUGAGCCACAGCUCCCACAGGCAUUUGGACGGCUCAGUCUAGAAAACACAGAGACUACCUAUGUCGAGAGCUCACACUGGACGGCAAUAAUUGAUGGAAUUGCUGAAUUGAAGGAUUAUUUCGACGAUGAGACUACUACUGCCAAUACUGGGCAUCGGAACAUUGAAUCAAACGUUCGAGCGCGUGCCCCGGCGUUGAUUGUAGGAGAUAUGCAGCAGCUCGGGAGAGAGGAGAUUCUGGCGACUGUUCCACCAAAAACAGAAGUGGACAGGCUUGUAACCAGAUAUUUCGCCUUCAACAAUAUAAGCUCGCUGUCAAUACAUGGGCCAACAUUUCUAGAAGAGUACGACGCAUUCUGGGACGCACCGGAGAAAGCCUCAGACAUGUGGAUAGGUCUCUUGUUUGGCAUAAUGUGCUUAGGAGCCCUGCAUCAAAAACUGGAAACACCAUCCCUCGAGAUACCACCGAAUCGCGAAUUGCUCCGUAGUAUUCAAACCUACCGCGAGCGAGUCGCCCAGUGUCUGGCUCUAGCUGACUACACAAAGUGUAUACCGUAUACAGUCGAGACGCUUCUACACUACUUAUCGAUUGAAUAUUUCAAUCUCUCCGACGGUCACACGGGCGUCUGGAUUCUGCUGGGGAUCACCUUGCAGAUAGCCUUUCGCAUGGGCUAUCACCGAGAUGGCUCGUAUUUCCCCCGUCUGGCGCCCUUCCAAGCCGAGAUGCGGCGCCGAACAUGGGCAGUUCUUUUCCAACUGGACUCGCUAGCCGCAGGGCAGUUCGGUAUUCCGCGAAUGAUCAAUGCAUGGAAGGCAGAUACCAAGGAACCCCGGGACGUCAGCGAUGAUGCCCUGAGUCCCGAUAUGACGGAGCUGCCACCAUCCAGAACCGACUCACAACCGAGUUUCAUUCAGUUUGUGGUAAUGAAAAAUCGCCUGAUAUCAACGUUCACCAUGGUGAUUGAUAUCACCGGCGAGCCGAAGAAAGCUGUUUCCUACGAGGAAAUCAUGAAACUGGACAAAACGGUGAAUGACCAGUUUCAGUCGAUGCCGGCGCCCUUGCGCACGAAACCUCUGAGCAGACAGCUCCUGGACCCUCCAGAUGUCAUUCUAAGCAGAAUAUUCCUAGCCUUGUCGUACUACAAAUGUUGCUGUGUUUUGCAUCGAGGGUAUAUGCUGGCGGCUCGCACUGACGAUCGGUAUCAGUAUUCUCGGAGGGCAUGUAUCGGAGCUGCCCUGGAGGUGCUGCAGAUCCAGGCGACUCUGCAUGAAGAAUCCCAGCCGGGGAGGCGCUUCGAGCACCAACAGUGGAAGUUGGGGUCCCUCGUCAAGCACAUCUUUCUUCUGGCGACGACAAUCCUUUGCGUCGACCUCCGCUACAGUGUCAGCCAAGAAGAAGGUCACGGAAGUGGGAUGAUCGAGGAUGCGAUGGCCCAGCAGAUUAUCCCAGCCUUGGAGCUUUCCUAUUCAAUCUGGCUGCAGUCGAGCGACGAGUCCAGAGAAAGUCGCAAGGUUACUGAGAUGCUGCGAAUUGUCCUAGCAAAGGCAGCGAGGAUCGACCAACGACCACCGAAUGCAUCAAGCGUCUGCGAUUAUUCCAUGUCUUUCCCUACAGGCACGUAUCACCUCGGGGAUGGAUCCUGUCAAGUUCCUAAUAGUUAA